AAAAGUCUUGAGGAAAAACUUCAAUUUAGCAUGAAGGAAGGUAUGUUUAUUACUAUGACAGAUGGAUCUAACUUAUCAUGGGUAUGAAUACAGUUAAGAGGAUUGAAAGUCUGGAACAAUCAUUGAAAGAAAAAAUAGAGCAUAUCAAGUCACUGCAAAUACCAGCUACAGAGUCUGAGCUCAAAAAUGAGCUACAAGUUAGCAAAAAGCAAUUAAGUGCAUUGAGGCUUGAAAAUGAGCAGUCAAUCACUUCUUUCAAAGUAAAAAGAGAUGAAUUGCAAGAAGAAAUUUCCCUGCUAACUGCUCAGUCAUUAAAAUUGCAAGAAAAUGACAAGAUCCAACAGGAGAAAUUAAAACAGUUUGAAGUACUAUUGAAAGAGUUAGAGGAUUCUAAAGCAGCAUUGGAAAUUUCAUUGGCUGAGAGUAAAAAAUCAGCACAAACAAAAGUUUUGGCAGAACAUGAUGAAGUGUUGAAAACUGAUAAGCAAAUUGUAUUCAACAAACAAGUUCCACACGUUAAAGAUGUUGUUGACUUGUUACAAAGAUUUGGUUUUCCUGAGACAAAGUCUGAAGAGCUUGGAAUGGCACUAGAUAUAGAUCCAAAAUAUUUUGACGAGAUGAAUCUUAAGUCCUUGACUGGGUGUGUCAUUCAGUGGACUAGAAAUAGUGAAACAAAACCUUCUUUUGUCUCACUGUCACGUGCCCUCAGAUCUAUUAAUGAAACUGUUAUAGCAGACAAACUAGAUCAAGAGAUUUCUGUGGAAAGAACUCCUGAUCUUGUUCUUGCUGCCUUUGAUUAUCACUUUGAAGUUCUCUUGACUUCUUUGUCAGAUCCUAAGGCAGUCACUAAAAUACCUUAUGGAGAUGGUAUCAUAAAAGCUGAAGUUUUGAGUCAAAUGGGAAUCAAGGACCUUGACACUGGUUGUUUUGAAUUAUUAUGUGCUAUCAGAGAAUCAAUUAAAAUCAAUUAUAAUGUUAUAGAAAUAUUUGCUAAUGUAUUGAGCAAGUUCCCUGAAAUUGAGCAGUUUGGAAAAGCUCUACUUAAAAAUAUUGGUGCCAUCAUCAAAGUUGAAGCAAAAGAAGAUGAAUACUUGCCUCAUCAAAAGUCAUCCAGUUCAGUGGAAAUUAUGGUUCCUCAUAGCAUAAUUACAGAUAUUUCCUCUGUAAGAAUUGCUUAUGGUAAAAUGAUGUAUAAUGUCGGUAAAGUUUUGAAGAGUAGUAUCGAAGAUUUUGAAGCCUUACAAGAUUUUAUUGGUAGCUGUAAUAGUGAUCUAAAAAAUGAUCCUCAAUUUCAUGAUCCAUCUCAGCUAAUGCAUGUGAUAGAGAAGGGAUGUUCGUUGAUUAAUACUAGCCUUGUUUGUGCUGUGGCAGAAGAGUUUCAGGUUUCAGAAGUUCAGAAAUAUAUUGAUGAAUAUAAUCGUAUUUUUACAAAAUUUUGCAAAUUAUUGUCUGAGCUUCUGUCGUUAAAGGAAAAGGUUGCUGAUUCAAACUGUCAAACAAUUACUUAUGUCUUAGACAGGGCAUUGGAUUCGACCACAAUGAAAGAUAUUAAGGAUAUUCUCUCAAUAUCAUCAUAUGGUAAAAUAGUGCUUAUACAUUAUUACAACUAGAUAUAGAUCUAGCUUAAAGUAAAGUAUAAUUUUUUGUAAUU